GAGCAGUGCCGCAGCGCUCGGGGCUGCGCACACCCCCACCCCCGCGUCGGAGUGCGCAGGCGCAGUGCGGGUCCGGUGCGUUGCGUUGAUUCGGAGAGAGCGGCCUGAGCGCGGCUUCAGACCUGCUGCAAACGCUGGGGGAUGGCAGUGAAUGUUUAUUCCACCUCUGUGACAAGUGAAAAUCUGAGCCGACAUGAUAUGUUGGCAUGGGUCAAUGACUCUCUCCAGCUCAAUUACACCAAAAUUGAACAACUAUGCUCUGGAACAGCAUAUUGUCAAUUUAUGGAUAUGCUAUUUCCGGGUUGCAUUCAUUUAAAGAAGGUGAAAUUCCAAGCAAAAUUGGAGCAUGAAUAUAUCCAUCAUUUUAAAGUCUUACAGGCAGCCUUCAAGAAAAUGAAUGUUGAUAAAAUUAUUCCAGUUGAAAGAUUAGUGAAAGGAAAGUUCCAAGACAAUUUUGAAUUUGUUCAGUGGUUCAAGAAAUUCUUUGAUGCGAACUAUGAUGGAAAGGAAUAUGACCCGGUUUUGGCAAGACAAGGACAGGAUGUAAUUCCACCACACAACCCAGGUGAACAAAUAUUCAACAAACCGAAGAGACCUGUAGGCACUGCAGUGCCACAGAGAACAUCUCCUACAGCACCUAAGAUUACAAGAACGCCAAAUGUACCGUCCUCAAUGGGCAUGAGGAAAGCCCAACAUCUUUCUCGAAAUGGAGCGAGCGAUGCAGAUGCCCAGAUAAUAGAGCUAAACCAGCAGCUAAUGGAACUGAAACUGACAGUGGAUGGACUUGAGAAGGAGAGAGACUUUUACUUCAGUAAACUAAGGGACAUUGAACUCAUCUGCCAAGAACAUGAAAAUGAGAACAACCCUGCAGUUCAGAGGAUUGUAGAGGUUCUCUAUGCAACUGAAGAUGGAUUUGCUCCUCCAGAUGAUGAUGACAUUAAUAUAAGUCACCCAGAAGAUGACCAGGAUGAAUACUAAGUCUAUGUAACUGCUACCUAUACCUUUCCUGAUCUGUCUGCUCUCUGUGAUUGAGAUCUUCCCAGGCUGUUUUACUAACAUUAAUUAGAGUUGAGGUUUGUACAGCCACUGCACAAUCACAAUAAUCUGUACACUCUGUAUCACAGAUUGCUACAACUAUAUCAUCCUCAUCACUAUUACUGGCAAACUGUAUUAUAAAAUAUAUUUAAUUUGUAUAUUUUUCUUAAAUGAGUACCUUGCACUUGGUUUGAAAGUAAUCAGAAAUCCAGGAUGAUAAUGCAAGUUGUUUGCCUUUGUGUUAUAAGCAGCAUGCAGUCUAGGUUUCUUUAAGGUUGAAACAGCUUGGAUAUACUUAAAGUCACUUUAUAACUUGUGAAAGCAUGAGGAUAUUUUAGCAAAUGGUUUAUGACAGGGAAGGUGGUGUUUCUAUAGUUUUAUGCAAAUUAGCUUUAAGAAAGUGACUUGGCGGAUUGAGGUCAGGAGAUUAAAGUUUAAUGCUUUAAGGAUAAUUAUUAUUGUAGUUUGCUAUAUACAUGAGGAAUAAGGGACGCUUUUGAUGUGACUAAGAUUAACUCAAUUCCAGCUGCUUUCCAUCAGAAACCACUAAAAUAUGCCUUUGACAUCACAUUUUGCACCGCCUCUCUGAUACUGUGCCCAUGACACUGGUGUGCGGAAACAAAACUUGCAUCUGUGAAAUUUUAUUUAAAAUAAACGUGUGAAAAAUAA